AUGGAUUCCAAUUUGAUCAGAAGGCCGCUGGCCAAGAUAGUCACAAACAAAAAGCCAUGUCUGUCUGCAUUCAGCACUACAUCUCGACAGAAUCAAGAAUCCUACCGCCGCGCAAAGCAACGGGCAAACAUUCGGCCAAACUCCUCCUUUCUCGAGUCCGACGAUUCCCCUGCGAACAACCAUAUCAUAUUCAACCCACCCUCCGCUGCGCCAUCCGUGUUUAACACUCCCCUCAAGUUCCUACCAAAAGAAGACAAAAGGAGACAGCUGCUCGCCACAACACAAGCAAGACUUGCGCCAACAUCGACACGACUUCCACCUCCCGUUCAGAGACAAAAACAAGUACCACAUCACCACCUCAGCGAUGCCGAUAUCAAAGAAAUACAGCGGUUACGGAGAGACGAGGGUUCAGUAUGGACGAACAAGAAGCUAGCGAGGAAAUUCAAUUGCUCGACUAUGUUCGUUAGCAUUUGUGUGAGCCAGUGCGGAGGUGAUAAUCUGGCGUGGCAGGCAUCGGAGAAGGCAAGGCUGGAUAAGAUUAAAGCGGAUUGGGGACCGAGAAGGCUGAUGGCUCAUGAGGAUAAGCUGAAGAGGAUGGAGAUGGCGUUACGAGAUGCGUAG